AUGACCUUCAGCACCCAGACAAGUCCUUCUGGGACUUCAGCACGGGGGGCACUGCCCCUGGACACACCAGCCAGAGCCUCCCAGGCAGGGACUCGCUCGGCUGGGACUCAGAGGUCAGCACACUCAGAGACGGCCGCAGUCACAGGCAGAGGCCUGGAGGCUGGGGCACGGACGAGUCCUCUCUCUGUGGAAGUGACCGGCUCCCCACCCUCCCCGGCGCCUUUCCCUGGCUCACCUGCUCCUGCUUCCUCCACAUGGCCCAGGCGCGGCCCCUCCUCUCCUGCUCCCGUGACCUCACCUGUCACCUCUGACCUGGUGAACACCGCACACAGGUUAGGCACAGGCUCGACACCUGGAACCAGUUCAGCUCCAAACGUGAGCAGCACCGCAUAUGAAACACCAGCCACCUUUGACGCCCCCACAGUUACAGAGAAUACUCAUUCUUCUGCCAACCCAGCAGCAACCACUCUGGGGACCAGCAGCCAUUCUGGAGGUGAACCACGUUCCUCUGUCCUGAUCCAUUCCGAGCCCGCCACAGCCACAUACACAAGGGGUACAGCCUCUGCCACAGAAGAGACCACUCUUCCCACAUCAAUGCCUGCCUCCCUGCAGACCACCACGUCUGAGACAGAGCCACAUGCCCACCUGAGCCCUGGAUGGAGGUGGACCAGCAUAGUCCCGGACUCCAGCCCAGCCACGCCCACAGACAGGCCUUCACCUCCUCUGUCUGCUCAUCUUCUGAAGAGUCCUGAGACCGAGGCCCCCCCUUCCACGAGAACAUCAGUCCCAGGCCACCUCCCGCCUUCGCACACUGAAUUUCCAGCAGAAAUUCCAGUGGAAACUAUCACCCGCUCUUACACGUCUCUGUCCGCGGCAGGAUCUGCUGGGGUCACUGCCUUCCCAGAAUCCAAGCUUUCUGGGUCCGCAUCAGAAAGUGCUCACCACCCAAGCACAGCUGAGGCCAUGUUGGCUGACACGCUGACCCCAGAAGCCAUGGCUUCCCUCCCCACGUCCGGGGUUGCACAUGCCCGCUCACCUGCCUCCUCAGCCAGGCCCUUCCCUAGGAUGGAGGCAGGCCCCGGGAGUGCUAUGGCGCCCACUGUUGCAGAAAGCCUCCCUUCGUCAGCGCCGACACCGCCCCCUUCUGCAACCUCUGCUGCCCCCCCAGGGAUCACCUCCUCACCGGCCGCCCCACGGGCAGUGGACGCCAGCCUUGGGGCAGACAGCACAACUGCCAGAGGACCCGCCGUGAUGCUCAGUACUUUGGAGACCUGGACCCAGUGGGGCAGGACAUCCUCUUCACCCAUUAGGGACUCCACAGUGACCGAGAGUAUUGACCUGGGUGCAGUGACAAGUGCUUCCCGACCUCCUCCACACUCAACACCACUGACAAGGACAGAUGGCAUCGUGGAGCACAUCACAAAGAUACCCAGGGAAGCAGUUCAUGGCGGCACUGCAGGACCAAUCCAUGUCCCUCUGCCAUCCACGUCAUCUGCUAGUCUGAGAGGACUACCUACAGGGGCGACAGAGAGAGCAGAGGCCACAGCCACAGCCCUGGAGACCCCCUCUACGGUGACUCCGGCCUCCCAUGUGUCUUCUCCCACUUUGGGAAUGCCAGCCCUCCUCAGGACAUCGGGUGAGGUGGUCAGCACGGGCACGGCAGGGGCCACCACCACGACCCCAGAUGUUCCCACAGACAUUCCGGAGAGGACAGCCUCGUUGGCGCCGAGACCUGGAGCAGAGGCCAGCACAGCGGUUCCCUGGACAGCCUCGUCUGUUUUCAAGAGAGGAUCAGAGACCAUCCCCUCCCCGGUCCCUAGUUCUGGGGCAGAAACCAGGUCAGCUGUUGCCACGCCGACCGUUACCUUUGGUGAGCUGGAGACCACAACCUCAUGGGCUACCCAUCCUGCAGAGACCAGCCCCACCGUCUCCAUGGCAACACUGACUGUUUCCCGCAGUGAAUCACACACCACAUCCCCAACAGCUACCAGUCCUGGGGCAGAAGUCAGUUCAGCUGUUCGAACAACGGCUGUCUCCCCUGGGGCCCUGGCAAUGGCGACCUCACUGGUCACUAGCCCUGAGGCAGAAAUGAGUACGGUUGUUUCAACUCUGACUGAGUCCCCACAUGAACCUGAGACCGCAGCCACAAGCGUCACCCAUCCCGGGAGGGAAGCCAGUUCAGCUGCUCCAAUUGUGACUGUUUCCCCUGGGGAGCCAGAUACAACAGCCUCUUGGGGCCAUUCUUCAGACAGGAACACACCUGUGUCCAGAACAACUUUGAAUUUUUCCCACAGUGAAUCAGACACUGCACCCUCCACGGCCACCAGUCCUGGGGCGGAAGCCAGUUCAGCCAGUCCAACAACAACCGUCUCCCCUGGUGUACCAGAUAUGGUGACCUCACAGGCCACUCAUUCUGGGACAAACGGCAGUAUGGUCAUUCCAUCUCUGACUGUUUCCCCUGAUGUGCCUGAUACAAUGGCCUCAGUGGUCACCCAGCCUGGGGCACAGACCGGUUCAACCACCCCAGUUCUGACUGUCUCACCUGGUGUACCAAGGGCGGCGACCUCACUGGUUCCUAGGUCUGGGGCAGAGACCAGUACAACUUUUCCAAAUCAGGCUCAUUCCCCACAUGAAGCAGAGACCACAGCCUCCAGGGGCUUCCAUUCAGAGACAGAAGCCACUUCUGCUAUUCCAACUGGGACUGCUUCCCCUGGGGAGGCAGGUACUACAGUCUCCUUGGCCACCCAUCCUGCAGAGACCAGCCCGACUGUUCCUGGGACAGCCUCCAAUUUCUUCCCUAGUGAGUCAGACACCACAGCCUCAACAGCCACAAGUCCUGGAGCAGAAGCCAGUUCUGCCAUUCCAACUACACCCAUCUCCUCUGGUGUACCAGGGCUUGUAAUGUCACAGGCCACUCGUUCUGGGGCAGACAUCACCACCACUUUUCCAACUCCGACUGUUUCCCCAGGUCAACUGGAGCCCACAGCCACGUGGGUCGCCCACUCUGGGAUAGAAGCCAGUUCAGCUCUUCCAACCGUGACUGCUUCCCCUGGGGAGCCAUAUACAACAGCCUCCUCGGCCACCCAUCCUGCAGAGACCAGCCCGACCGUUCCCAGGACAGCCCCCAUUUUUUCCCCUAGUGAAUCAGUAAGCACACCCUCAUUGGCCACCAGCCUUGGGGCAGAAGCCAGUUCAGCUGUUCCAACUUCAGCUGUUUCUCCUGAUGAACCAGAUGUAGUGACCUCACAGGUCACUAGUGCUGAGGCAGACAUCAAUACGGCUAUCCCAACUCUGACUUUUUCUCCUGGUCAUCCAGAGACCACAGCCCCCCAGAUCACUCAUCCUGGGAUGCAGACCAGGUCAUCCGUUCCAGCUCCCGCGGUAUCUCCUAGUGAGCCGGGGCUGGUGACCUCCCUGAAUACUAGCUCUGGAGCAGAGACCAGCCCAGCCGGUCACACUCUGACUGUUUCCCCCAGUGAGCCCGUUACAACAGCCUCAUCGGUCACCCAGCCUGGGACACAGACCAGUUCAGCCAUUCCAGCUCUGACUGGCUCCCCCGGGGCAUCAGCGGUGGAGAUCUUACCGGUCACCAGUGCUGGGGCAGCGACCAGUACAAUCAUUCCCUCUGUGACUGAUUCCCCACCUGAACCAAAGACAACAGCCUCCCGGGUUCCCGGCUCCACAGAGACUAACACGCCUGUUAUCGCAACAACUCUGAAUGUUUCCCAUAGUAAUUCAGACACCACAUCCUCGAUGGCCACCAGACCGGGGGCAGAAGCCAGUUCAGCCCGUCCGACUACCCACGUCUCCCCCGGUGAAUCAGAUACGACAGCCUCACUGGUCACUAGUUUUGGAGCAGAGACGGGCCCAACUUCUCCAACUCUGCCUGAGUCCCCACGUGAAGCAGAGACCCCAGCCACAAGCGUCACCCAUCCCGGGACAGAAGGCAGCCCAGCUGCUCCGGUUGUGACUGCUUCCCCUGGGGAGCCAGACACAACGGCUUCCUGGGUCAUCCCUGCUACAGAGACCAGCCCGACUGCUCCCCAGACAACCCGCAGGGUUUCCCGUACCGUGUCAGACGCCACACACACACCAGCCACCCGCCUUGGGGCAGAAGCCAGUUCAGCUGUUCCGACUUCAACCGUCUCGCCCGCUGUACCAGAUGUGGCCUCACGGGCCUCUGGUGUGGAGACCAACGUCAGCAGGGCCGCUCCAGCUCUGACGGUUUCUCCUCAUGAACCGGCGACCACAGCCUCACCGGUCACCCACCCCAGCAGUGAGACGAGCUCACGUUUCCUUGCUUCAACUGUGUUUCCUUACUUGCCGGAGUCCACAGCCUCACCGUCCGCCCGACCUGGCUUGGAGACGAGUGCGGCUGUUCCAACUCAGGUUUCCCUGGGUCUGCCAGAAACAACCUCCUUCACACCUGUGACCAGGAGCAGCCCAGCUGAUGGGAGUCCCCCUGUUUCAUUUGGCGCCCCUGCAGAAACAGCCUCGUGCUCCACCCACACUGGGGUGGACGUCAGCACAACGGUCUCUGCUUCCACCCUUUCCCCUGGUUUAUCAGAGGCCACGGGCUUAUUGGCCGCCAGCCCUGCAUCAGAGGCCAGGACAGGCAUCCCACUGCUGACCGUUUCCCCCGGGGUUCUUGAGCCCGCUGGCAGCCCUGCAGCCCCUGGAGAGCCUUACAUCAUAAGCACAGAGCCCUCACCACCCACAACCUCAGCGGGACCCCCAGAAUCUUCCAACACGGUCACAGGGGGCACCGUGACUUCCAAAGCAUCAGAAACACCGGCUCCACCUGAGACCAGUCAUGGAGAAGGAUCACAUCCAACCACUACCCUGAAAACGACGACUCUUGAGACCCCUGAUGUGGCUGCUACAGGGUCAGGCCCCAUGGUGACUGAGACCACAGCCACCUUCAGUGCACCAGCUGCAAGUCCGUUUGUCCCUGUCACCACACCUGCAAUGUCCACUGUGGCCUCUGUGAGUGUGACUUCAGGAACAACUCUACUGACCUCCACAUUCUCUUCAGGAUCCCCAGCAUCUCUGACUCCCACCCCCAGCUCUGCCGCUGCAGGUGUGGGCCCAGCCCUGGUACCAUUCCCCCUCAACUUCACCAUCACCAACCUGACUUACACCCCAGAUAUGAGGCACCCGGGUUCUGCCAAGUUCAACUCCACCGAGAAGGCCCUGACUCGCCUGCUGGGUCCUUUGUUCAAGAACACCAGCAUUGGCCCAUUGUUCUCCAGCUGUAGACUGACCUUGCUCAGGACUGAGAAGUACGGGGCAGCAACGGGAGUGGACGCCAUCUGCACCUACCAUCCAGACCCUGUGGGCUCUGGGCUGGACAGAGAAGAGCUGUACCGGGAGCUGAGUCAGCUGACCUAUGGGGUCACCCAGCUGGGCACAUACACCCUGGACAGAGAUAGUCUCUACAUCAAUGGUUAUAACCAUCGAUACUGGACCACCACCACCAGCACGGCAGGCAUGAGCCCUUCUCCGGUGCCCUUCACAGUCAGCUUCACCAUCACCAGCCUGCGCUACACAGAGGACAUGGCGCCUCCGGGAUCUGAGCUCUUCAACACCACAGAGAGGAUCCUGAAUCGCCUGCUCAAACCCUUGCUCCAGAACAGCAGUAUCGGGCCCCUCUACUCUGGCUGCAGAUUGACCUUGCUCAGGCCUGAGAAGAACAGAACAGCCACUGGAGUUGAUGCUGUCUGCACUCACCGUCCUGACCCCACGGGCCUUAGGCUGGACAGAGAGAGUCUGUACUGGGACCUGAGCCGUGGGACUUAUGGGGCCACCCAGUUGGGCUCCUUCAGCCUGGACAAGGACAGCCUCUAUGUCAAUGGUUAUACCCAGCGGGGCUCAGCCUCCACCCCCAGUGCUGCUGUCACCUCCAUGCCCUUCCCAGGGACCUCGGUGAGGCCAUCCCUCUUCUCCAGCUCCACAGCAGCGGCCCCUUUCCUGGUGCCCUUCACCCUCAACUUUACCAUCACCAACCUGUACUACGAAGAAGCCAUGCGCACCCGGGGCUCCUGGAAGUUCAACUCCACCGAGAGGAUCCUGCAGGGCCAGCUCGGACCCUUGUUCAAGAACACCAGCGUGGGCCGUCUGUACUCUGGCUGCAGGCUGACCCUGCUCAGGCCUGAGAAGGAUGGGGCAGCCACCGGAGUGGAUGCCGUCUGCACCUACCACCCUCACCCUCCAGAUGCCAGGCUGGACAGAGAGCGGCUGUACCGGGAGCUGAGCCGGCUGACCCGCGGUGUCACCAGGCUGGGCCCCUACACCCUGGACCAGGACAGUCUCUGCAUCAGCGGUUACACCCACCCGGCCCAGGCCACCACCCUCAGCAGUCACACCCAUCCGGCCUCAGCCACCACCCCCAGGACCGCUGGGACCUCCACGUCCGUCCCCACCACCAGACCCACAGCCACUGGCCCCACCCUGGUGUCCUUCACCCUGAACGUCACCGUCACCAACAUGGAGUACACCGAGGACAUGGGGCGUCCGGCUUCCUUGAAGUUCACCUCCACCGAGAGGCUCCUGCAGCCCCAGCUCAGGCUCCUGCUCAACAAGACCAGCGCCGGCCCCCUCGGUGCUGACUGCAGGCUGGCCUCGCUCAGGCCCAAGAAGGACAGGGCAGCUACCAGAGUGGACAUCCUCUGCGCCUUCCAUUCUGGCCCUGUGGGCCCCAGGCUGGACGCAGAGCGGCUGUACUGGGAGCUGAGCCGUGAGACGCACGGAGGCACCCUGCUGGGCCCCUUCACCCUGGACAGGGACAGUCUCUGCGUCAAUGGUCACACCUACAGAGCCUCGGCCCCGACCACCACCGCCGGGGUGGUGGGCAAAGAGCCAUUCUCACUGAACUUCACCAUCGACAACCUGCGCUACUCGGCGGACAUGGGCCACCCCAGCUCGCUCAAGUUCAACAUCACAGACAGCCUCAUGCAGCACCUGCUCGGCCCGUUGUUCCAGAGGAGCAGCCUGGGUGCCCAAUACACAGGCUGCAAGGUCACCUUGCUACGGUCUGUGAAGAACGGUGCCAGCACCAGGGUGGACAUCCUCUGUGCCUACCUGCGGCCCCCCAGCAGCCCAGGGCUGCUCGCCAAGAGGGUAUUCCAUGAGCUGAGCCAGCAGACCCGUGGCAUCACCCGGUUGGGCCCCUACUCCCUGGACAAGGACAGCCUUUACCUCAAUGGUUAUAACGAACGUGGUCCCGAUGAACCUCCUACCACCCCCAGCCUGGCCACCGCAUCCCUGCCUACUACAUCACCACCUCUGCAGCCAGAAGCCACCACAGCUCUGGGGUACCACCUGAAGACCUUGACACUCAAUUUCACCAUCUCCAGCCCCCAGUAUCCAACAGACGGGAGUAACAGCUCAGCUGCAUUCAACAGCACCGAGAGGGCUCUGCGGGGCCUGCUUGGAGCCUUGUUGCAGAAGAGCAGCCUGGGCCCCUUCUACUCAGGUUGCAGACCGAUCUCCCUCAGGCCUGAGAAGGACAGUGCAGCCACUAGCGUGGAAGCCGUCUGCACCUGCCGGCCUGACCCCAUGGGCCAUGGGCCGGACAGAGAGCGGCUGUACUGGGAGCUGAGCCAGCUGACCCACGGUGUCACCAGGCUGGGCCCCUACACCCUGGCCAGAGACAGUCUCUUCGUCAACGGCUACACACCCCAGGGCUCCCCUGUCCUGAGAGAGUACCAGCUCAGUUUCCGCAUCCUCAACCGGAACUUCAGCAGCCCAGACCCCCAGUCCUCGGAGCGCACCGCCCUGCUGAGGGACGUUCAGGACAAGAUCUUCAGACUCUACAGAGGCAGCCGGCUACAGGACGUAUUCCGCUCCUGCCUGGUCACCGACGUGACGAUGGGCUCCAUGUCAGUCAUUGUCAAAGCACUGUUCUCCUCCAGUCUGGACCCCAGUGUGGUGAAGCAGGUCUUUCUAGACAAGACCUUGAAUUCCUCAUUCCAUUGGCUGGCUGCCACCUACCAGCUGACAGACGUGCGUGUGACAGAAAAACCAACAAGCAGCCCCAGCCCCCAGCACUUCCAGCUGAAUUUCACUGUCACCAACUUGCCCUACUCCCAGGACAUGGCCCAGCCAGGCUCCACCCAGUACCAGCAGAACAGGAGGAGCAUCGAGGCUGCGCUCAACCAGCUCUUCCAAAACAGCAGCAUUAAAACUUAUUUUUCUGACUGUGAGGUUUCAGCAUUCAGGCCUGUCCCCUCUACCAGCCACACUGGGGUGGGCUCCCUGUGUACAUUCUCCCCACUGGCUCGGAGGCUGGACAGAGUUGCCAUCUAUGAGGAAUUCCUGUGGCUGACCCAGAAUGGCAGUCGGCUGCGGAACUUCACCCUGGACAGGGACAGCAUCCUCGUGGAUGGCUGGCAAGAGGUGGCAGAGUCCCAGGCUUUACCAGCCAUUGUGGAAGAGGAAAAGAACCCAACGGGCUCUAGGAGGCGCUUGCCUUCUCUUAGAUAG